AUGCCAUUGCCGCCACAUCUAUCUCUCGUAGAUUCUACUGCAAUGGCUGGCGGAGGCGGCUGGGCUGAUCUCCCGCUGGAUCUCUUCUCCCUCAUCUUCUCCAAACUCUCCCUUCCUCAAUUACUCCGUUCAGCCGCCGUCUGUGUUUCGUGGUCGGCUAACGCCCGCGAUCUGUCCACGCGCAGCAACUGCUUUAAGUUCCGCGGUCAGAACCCCUGGCUCGUGCUUUACGACGAUCCCCAUGGCGACCCCUCCGCCAUCACCUUCUACGCUCUCGAUGAGCGAAGGGAGUUCACCAUCCCCGUCCCGGACCCUCCCAUAAGAGAUCGACUCUUCCUCGGCUCUGCUCACGGUUGGAUCAUCACCAUCGACGUCCACCUCUUUGUGCAACUGCUGAACCCGAUCACCGGCGCGCAGAUCGACCUCCCUCGCGCCCUCCUCUCUGAGCGCGCCCGCCCCAUCCGCGACAUUGCAAGGCGUCUAAUGGGCUUCAUGAUGCCGAUACCAGGGGAGGAAGUGGAGGUAAAUGGUGGAAUCCCUAGCCAAUGCUGUCUAGAACAGCAUCACCUUAAAGCCAUCCUAUCUGCUGAUCCGUCGCUCGGAGACGGCUACUCCAUCGCGCUCAUCCAUUAUCCUUCCAGGAGAAUCCUUUUUACCCGCUCCGGUGAUGCAAAAUGGUUCGACCUAAGGAACUCCAUUUCAGUUGAAAAUAUAGUCUUCCAUAAAGGUAAACUGUAUAUGAGCACACUUUCGGAAGUGUGUGUUUGUGACUUAGACGAGGCCCAAAUUCAAGAUGGCGAAAUGCCCAGAUUUAGAGUGGUCGAUCGAGCUUUAUAUCGUCCACAUGUACACUACUUUCUUAAGACUCCUCGGGGAGAUCUUUUCAGUAUUUGGAGGGACAAGUUUAGGAAUACAGUCUCUAUCAAGGUUUACAGGGUGAUGGAUGAGGAAAAGCCAAGUGAAAGACUAGAGACAGUGAUAGACUUGGGAGAGUUUAUUAUCCCCGUACACGACGAUAGGGUGGUGGUGGACAAAAGUAUGAGAUUAGAAGAAGCGAAUGACUUGGAAGACUUCAUCGUCUACUUAGGCGGCUGCCACCAACUUUGCCUUCCUGCUCGUGAUUUUCCACAUUUGACGCCUAAUUCUAUAUAUAUUACAGAUGACUUAGAACUUCUAAUUCUAGAUCGAGAGUUUGCCGAAGAUUUGAUUGGAUAUUGGCACCGGUAUUCCUUCACACUGCCUAUGAUUUUGGAACGAAUGUGGUUCACAGACACACUGAAUUGUCCGAUUUCCUUUAGCAUCGACAAGCCUUUCCUCCGAUUAUACUGGCAGCCUCCCUCGAGCUCCAUUUGUCAGUAA